AUGUCACCAAUCAUUCACUGUAUACGCCACGGCCAAGGCGUCCACAAUCUCAGCCAUGCGAAUCAUCACCUGCCUGAUCCCGAGUUGACACCCCUGGGAGAAGAACAAGCCCGGAGCCUGUGUGCUAAAUACCCCAAACUGGCCAAUGUGCAACUGAUCGUAUCGUCACCGCUGCGACGCACGUUACAGACGGCGUUGUUAGCCUUCCCAUCGCAGCUGGAGGGUGGCCUGCAGGUCUUGGCCUUGCCUGAGAUGCAGGAGGCUAGCAAUCUCAUUUGUGACACCGGCAGGGAUCUAUCUGAGGUCAAAGCCGAUUUUGAGCAACUGCCUGUGAAUUUUGAUGUGGUCGAGACGGGCUGGCAUGUCAAGGAGGACAAAUGGGCCCCAGUUGCAAGCAGCCUCCUGAAGAGAGCUCAAGUUGCACGCCAAUGGUUGAGUGAGAGGCCCGAAGCGGAGAUCGUGGUGAUUACUCACGGUUGCUUUUUGCAUUUCCUCACCGACGAUUGGAUAAACGCAGUGAAUUCUCAAGCCACAGAUUGGGCAAACGCAGAGGUUCGCUCUUUCACUCUUACGAAUGACAAAGAUGGAAGGCCGGCUUUUUCUGAGACGGAAGAAUCGAGAAUAGGACGCGGAAUGGAGCCAGUUGGUCUGACUGAAGAACAACAGCUGGAGCUACGGGAGACGUCGUUGAAAACAUGGAUUGAAUGGGGCGUGAUACUAGGUGUUGGGACUCUCAACAAGAUGCUGGAAAGGCUCAUCCCAUGGGAUCCGACCAUUUGUGUGGCGGAAGAUAUCCGUAUCGAUGAUCUCGCAAUCACCUUCAAGCGCACCGUUCGUGUGCCUGAUAAUGAUCAGACCGCGGCGCUUCCUCCGGAUUUGGGUUCUUUCCCACUGUUCAAGGUAGAUGAUUACGCCGAAAGUCUCCCUGACAACAUGGCAAGAAAGGGGGAACGCGAAGCCCUUUGGAUCAACUUUAGAUCAACCCGCCGUUAUGUGAUCAAGAUCUAUGUCGGAGGGAUCAAUGCUGUCUCUGGAGAGCCAUCAGUUCCAAACGCUGCCACUGCUCUUCGUCGCCGCAACCUCCUGAAGAAUGGGGGGAGCCUUCAGGACUACAUCAUUGUCCCUGGACAGCUCUGGCUCGAUGGCAUAGCUGUUAAGCCUGGAGAAGUCCGACAGUUCGUAGCCAUGCCAGUGGGAGCAGGGCAUUCUGUUGAGGCUCAAAUGACGGGCGAAGAAACGACCGCAGGGAUACAGUUCGAAAUCACGCAACUUGAAGUCCCGCCUAAAAUCCCAUCCGCUCGACUUGAAAUAGCAUUUGCUAGUCCAGGAGAAGUGAUUCAGAUCAUGGUUUGUACCUUGACGGGCAAACGCUUUACGUGCAAUGUUGGGUCCGUGUGGACUAUCGAGGUACUGAAGGAUUUGAUUGAAGUGAAAGAAGAUAUUCCUCCGGAUCAACAACGACUUAUCUACAACCAAAAACAGUUGGAAGAUGGAAAGACCUUGUUGGAUUACAAUAUUGUCAACAACUCACUCCUGCACCUUGUACUAAGGCUCCGUGGUGGCGGUCCACCGCCAACGGAGCUUAGCAUCGCAGCUGGCGGUCGUAUCACCCAGAGCAUUAUCUCUCUCGACCGACGCGAAUAUCGAAAGACGGUCCCUGUCACAUUCAACGUCCAGAUUCUGGAUAGUGCCAGCUUUGAACAGGUCACUGGAAAGAAACCACCAAAGUCGCCAGUCACUGCCAAGACAUACGCUGAUUGUGGCUAUCCGUUCUUUUCCAUGUGGGAAGAACAAACAACUGUCUCUGGAGACUUCUCAAAGGUACGGUCCGUCGCUCAGAUUGACAAUACCUCCGAUCAGUCGCUUUCAAACAUCCCUGUUGUCGACGCCAAAACCAGGGAGCUUAUCCAUGACUGGAUUUGUGAGCGCUGUAAGACAAAGAACAAUGCCGCUGGACAGCGGUGUGGGGGUUGUCUCAUACACCGUCCAGAGCCUGAAGUAGCCGGCAAGGUUGGAAUACUCAACCCUGGUGGCCCUCAUGAACCGCUCAAACUGGAGUGGGAGAUGGAGGACGAAAUUCGUCAAAUGCGCACUGCGUUCUGA